UCCUGUGUGGGCGGGCUUAAGACUUUGCAUACGUAGACAUUUGCCCUGCUUCUAUUCUCCCUUUUGAAACAUUUUGUACUGUAGAGUAGACGAGUGCCAGCUGCAUACCAGUGAGCCAGAUUAACAAUAUAACUAACAUUCCACAUUUUUGUAAAAUAAUUAAUAACCUACUUAUUUGGAAGAUGGUCGCCAAACAGAGGAUUCGUAUGGCCAACGAAAAACACAGCAAGAAUAUCACGCAAAGAGGCAACGUAGCCAAAUCUACGAGAAACCCUCAAGAUGAUAAGGUGGCUGUGGGACCAUGGCUGUUGGCCCUCUUCAUCUUUGUUGUGUGUGGAUCAGCUAUCUUCCAGAUCAUUCAGAGCAUUCGGAUGGGCAUGUAGGAUGAAAUGUCCACCCCGUUCAUUCCACUCAGUAUCCGCCCAACCAAGUACCACCUCUCUCAGCUCGAUGACGUCCCAUUAUCCUUCACUCAACAUUCUCAGUCUUCUUAAGUUGCACACAGCUAGGCCAAGGACGAUGAGCCACUGUCUUGCACUUUGUGACUUUCUGUUCUUAAUUUGUAUUAUUUUGUUUGACCUUUGUUAUUUGUCUCUGGUUACGUUUGGCAAGCUCUGUCAAGUCAUUCCUACCUUGUGCCUUAAAUGAUAGAGGUUAACAAUUUUCAGCACACAACAAAAAGCCAUCAAGCUGCAUUCCAAUAGUGGGGUUUCUGAAAUAAUAAGGUGAUGUGCUCUGUCAAUCUCAGGCAAGUUGGCCAUCUUGUGGAAUUGUGAGCUCUGUUUUUGGUGGUCGUUUCUAGAAGUCUUAUUUGCCACCACUUUGUUGUAAUUUCAGUGUGUAAUAUGAACUACAAUUUCUACUUUAAUUUAGUGUAUUGAAAGAAAUGUUCUGUUUUGCUUUGAACAUGUUUUCUGUUUGGUAGAAUGGCCAAAUGCCUUGGUCAGACUGGAAAGAAAUUCAGCAACACAAAUCUUAGCACAAGAUUUGAAGCUGGAUAUAAUACUCAUGCCAAAAGAACAACUAAAUGGUAGAAACCAGAGCCAUGUAUUUAGAAAGUUAGGACAUUGAAGUUAUGGCAUUAUGAUGCAUUUACAUGACACCUUAUCAUCAAACAGUUCCUGAAUGUCUAUAAUUAAAAUACUUGUCAUACAAAUGGAAUGCUCAAAGCCGCUAACAUGGCAUUGGUUUAAGAAGUUGGGCAAACUCUAUAUGGUUUUGGUAGAAAUUAGUGGUACGUAAUGAUAAGCAGUCCUAUUGUUUUUUUGCGGUCUAGUCCUCAUCUACUUUUAAAAUAUUUUGUAUCUAUUGAUUGGCCCUGCCUAUUCUUGCGGCUUUGGGAUUGUCAACUGAUCCACAGUCAGUUGAAUAUGGAUCAGUAAGAUAAGGACAUCUUCAAGCUUUGGUAGUUGAUCUGACGUCCUGUCCUCAUGUUUACGGAAACAGUUCAAGGCUCAAGAUUACUGGAUAAAAUGUAAUUAUCUUCACUAAACCAGUGUUUAGAAUUAAAUAUUAAGGGCUGGAUGAAAAUUUCAACCUGGUUAUUUUACUGUGCAUAAAGUAUGCUGGCAAUGUAAGAGCGAAAUUAAUAAAAUAUGAUAAUUGGUA